AUUAGUUUGGUCGCAAAAUUGCGCAAGCCGACCCCUUUCCCCCAACACUCUAGCUGCUCAAAUCGGCGUCCCCUACAUUCUCGGUGCCGGCCAAGCGCAUUCGUCCGACGCCAUUCCACACACUCGUGCCCUUCCCGACACCAUUGCUGUCUACAUCCCUCGAAUCUCGUUUGGGACUUCGAUUCCUAUUUUCUUUUGGGCUGCGGAUUUGCUUCCGGCCGCCCGAGGGACCGAUGGCUUUAUCCGCCUCCGAUGUCGAAACCGUUUACUCACUGCUCUCCGACGCUUUCAGCCCUGACUUGUCUGUACGAAGACCGGCGGAGUCCGCCCUCGCUCAGUGCGAGCGCCGCCCCGGAUUCUGCUCAUGUCUCCUAGAAAUCAUAGCCGCCAGGGAUGUGGCUUGCCGUGAUGACGUCCGUCUCCUGGCUGCCGUUUUCUUUAAGAACAGCAUACGUCGCUUCUGGAGGCAACGUGUUAUCAGCAAUGAUGAGAAGGCUCACCUACGGAAAAAAUUGUUAUUAAAUAUUCGUGAAGAGAGUUCUCAGAUAGCACUUCAGUUGGCUGAUCUUAUCUCAAAAAUUGCACGUAUAGAUUAUCCCAAAGAAUGGCCAGAGCUUUUUUCAUUACUGGCACAGCAGCUGCAAUCAGCAGACAUACUAGCUUCACAUAGGGUUUUUAUGGUUCUUUUUCGAACAUUGAAGGAGCUGUCAACUAAGCGUCUUAGUGCAGAUCAAAGAACCUUCUCUGAGGUGGCUGCACUACUGUUCGAUUAUACCUGGAACUUAUGGAAGAGUGAUGUACAGACCAUAUUACAGAGUUUUUCUUGUUUAGCUCAGUGUGAUUCAUCAAAUUCUUUGAUGGAACAUCAAAAUGAUCUACUGUUGACUUGCGAAAGAUGGUUGUUUUGUACUAAGAUAAUUCGGCAGCUAAUUAUUUCCGGGAAUGCAAGUGAUGCAACAUCUGCUCAGGAGGUCCGGCCGAUCAAGGAGGUCUGUCCUGUGCUUUUGAGUGUUAUUCAAUCAUUCCUUCCAUAUUGCACUUCAUUCAUGGAAAAACAACCUGAGUUUUGGAACUUCACAAAGAGGGCUUGCAUUAAAUUGAUGAAGGUUUUGGCUGCAUUUCAGAGGAGACAUCCAUACUCAUUUGGUGAUAACAAUGUUCUUCCACCUAUUUUGGUUUUCUGUUUGAAUGAGAUCAUCAAUCCCGAACAAGCAGUGCCGUUAUUUAAUGAGUUUCUGAUUCAAUGCAUGAUUUUAAUCAAGUCUACAAUAGAGUGUAAAGAGUACAAGCCUAGCCUUACUGGCCGUGUUAUUAAUGAAAGUGGAGACGCUUUAGAACAAAGGAAGAAAAUCAUCUCUAGAGCUGUUUUUGACAUGCUUGCAGCUGUUUUUCCUAAUGACCGUGUUGUUCUGCUGUGCAACAUUUUGAUAAGAAGGUAUUUCAUUUACACAUCAGAGGACUUGAAUGAAUGGUUUCAGAACUCUGAAUCCUUUCACCAUGAGCAGGACAUGCUGCAGUGGACAGAAAAACUCAGACCAUGUGCUGAAGCUCUCUAUAUUGUUUUGUUUGAAAAUUAUAGACCUCUGCUUGCUCCUGUGGUGGUCUCUAUUCUUAAAGAGGCAAUGAGUGCUUCUCCACCUUUAGAAAGUGAAAUUACUCCUGCAAUGCUACUAAAAGAUGCCGCUUAUAGUGCUGCUGGACAUGUGUAUUAUGAGCUCUCGGCUUACCUAAAUUUCAGUGAUUGGUUCAAUAGGUCACUUUCCUUAGAGCUUUCAAACAAUCAUCCAAACAUGCUCAUCAUUCAUAGGAAAAUUGCGUUGAUACUUGGGCAAUGGGUGUCUGAGAUUAAAGGAGACACCAGAAAGCUAGUAUAUCAUGCUCUGAUCAAAUUGCUUCAGGACAAUGACAUUGCUGUUAGACUUGCAGCCUGUCGUUCUUUGUGCUAUCUUGUUCAAGAUUCCAACUCUUCUGAACAAGAGUUUUUUGACCUAUUGUCAACAUGCUGGACUUUUUGCUUUAAAUUGGUGGAAGAAGUUCAAGAGUUGGACUCGAAGGUUCAAGUCCUAAACUUAAUAUCAUUGCUUACUGAACAUUUGGGCGAGAAGAUUACUCCAUUUGCGGGCCAACUGGUGAAUUUUUUCGGAAAGAUGUGGGAGGAAUCCAUUGGUGAAAGUUUACUGCAGAUUCAACUCCUUGAGGCCCUUAGAAAUUUUGUUUGCUCACUUGGCUAUCAGUCUUGUGUCUGCUAUAACAUGCUUCUACCUAUUCUACAAAAGGGUAUUAACGUUGAUGAUCCUGAUGCGCUCAACCUGCUGGAGGAUAGUAUUCGGCUUUGGGAGGCUGUCCUUUCGCAUGCUACAUCAAUAGUGCCUCAGUUGUUGGACCUUUUUCCCUCUUUGGUGACCAUAGUUGAAAGAAGUUUUGAUCAUUUGCAGGUAGUUGUGGAUAUCAUUGAGGACUACAUAAUUUUUGGUGGUGCAGAGUUUUUAAAUUGCCAUUCCUCAAGUGUAGCUAAACUGCUUGAUGGUAUUGUUGGAAAUGUAAAUGAUAAAGGUCUGCUUUCAAUUAUUCCAACUCUUGAUAUCUUGAUUCAGUGCUUUCCCCUGGAGGCGCCUCCAUUGAUUUCUGCAGUUCUUCAGAAACUCAUAUUGUUAUGCUUGAGUGGAGAAGAUGAUCGUAAUCCUUCUAGGACAGCAGUGCGCACUUCUUCUGGAGCUAUUCUGGCAAGGCUGUUGGUCAUGAAUACCAAUUAUCUUGGGCAUCUAGCUUCUGAACCAUCUCUUAUAGUGGCACUGCAACAGGCUGGUCUUUCCAUCAAUCAAAAUGUUCUUCUUUGUUUGGUCGAUUUGUGGAUUGACAAGAUUGAUAAUACAACUUGCAUCCAGAGAAAGACCUAUGCUUCAGCUCUCUCUAUUAUUUUAACAUUAAGGUUGCCUGAGGUCAUAGAUAAAAUUGACGAAAUUCUGAGCGUUUGCACUACCGUCAUUCUGGGAGGAACAGAAGAUUCUAGCAAGGAAGAUUCCAGUGGUGAUGCCGCAAGCUCAUCUUGGCCUAGCAAUGAGAGCCUUGGCUAUUACAAUGGGGUCCCAAGCAAAGAGUUGCGUAGAAGACAAAUCAAAGAUUCCGAUCCAAUCAAACAUCUCUCAUUGCAGAGCAUGCUACGAGACAACCUGAAUACUUGUGCAGCUUUUCAUGGGGAAUCAUCUUUCCAUGAAGCUAUGAGCAGGAUGCAUCCAUCAGCAUUUGCCCAAUUACAGCAGGCAUUAAAGAUGGCAUAAGAUGUAUCCUGCUUUCAUUCGAAGCAUUUUUUCCCUAUAAAUCACAUAGGGUGUGUUGUUCAUUUUUGUUGGCUUUUGAAGAGUGUUCCAUAUAUACAAUGCUGUGGAUUCUUUUAUAGGUGAGUUUGAUAGCUCUCAUGACAUCCAAUAUAAGGUCCCAAGCUUAGGGAAUGAAGGGUUCUUCUUUGUAAGCUUGUUCUUUAUUGUGUGAUUGAUCUGGUAAAAGGUUUUUUGGCCAACUAGAUCGUGUCAAAGUUAGUGAGUGAAGCUGGCAAUUUUUUUGUUGGUCCUGCUUCUUGUCAGAAUGCAAUUUGCAGUUGUAUUUGGUUUACAAAUAUAAUGAAAGUGGGAAUUUGGCUUUGUACUUUGUGGUUUUGACAUUUAUUGCAUAGUUAUGGUUUUAACAUUUGCCUAAA